GUGGCCAUCAAGUCCAUCCGGAAAGACAAAAUCAAGGAUGAGCAGGAUCUUGUCCAUAUCCGGAGAGAGAUUGAGAUCAUGUCCUCCCUCAACCACCCCCACAUCAUUGCUGUUCAUGAAGUGUUUGAGAACAACAGCAAGAUUGUCAUCGUGAUGGAAUACGCCAGCAAAGGGGACCUGUACGACUACAUCAGCGAGCGGCAGCGGCUGGAGCCCCGCCACUUCUUCCGGCAGGUCGUGUCGGCCGUCUACUACUGCCAUAAGAAUGGGAUUGUUCACAGGGACCUGAAGCUAGAGAACAUCCUUCUCGAUGCCAACGGGAACAUCAAGAUUGCAGACUUUGGCCUGUCCAACGUUUACCAGCAGGAUAAGCUUCUGCAGACUUACUGUGGCAGCCCUCUCUACGCAUCCCCCGAAAUCAUCAACGGGAGGCCCUACAAGGGCCCGGAGAUGCUGCGGGAGAGCGAGCCCCCCCUGGCCUCGGUGGCAGAGUGGCUUCGCCGCUCCUCCCGACCUCUCCUGGAGAACGGCUCCAAGGUGCGAUGCUUCUUGAAGCAGCACAUACCCGGCGUGGCCCUGGAGCGACAGCGCUCCCUCAAGAAGUCCAAGAAGGAGAACGAUGUCUCCCACACGCUGCAGGAGGUGGCCCUGGCCCCGGAGAACCCCUCCAAGUCCAUCCUCAAGAGGCCCAAGGGCAUUCUGAAGAAGAGAAACUCCUGUGAGCAGAAGGUGCCUGUCACUGCUCCCCCGCCAGCAGCGCCCGUGGGAGAAGCGAAGGGUGAGGAUGGUGAGGUGGCUUCUCCGGGCCUCACCCGGAUCCUGUCCUCGAGGAUGCCGUGGUAUCACUCGGCCCUGGAGUGCUGAGAGUCCGGGGAUGUUCUGGACGCGGGGAGCUUGGACCUCGAUGGGAACGUGUUUGCUGACAGCCCCUUGCCGGAGCAGGUCCCCCAGGGUCUCCUGGCUCGCCGGAAAGGCAUCCUCAAGCACAACGGCAAGUACUCCUCUAGCAGCCCCGAGCCAGAGAGUCCACCUGGGCAGGUUUUUGGGGCCUUUGGCGAGGUACCCCUGCCCCAGGCACCUCGCACCCGCCCGUCCAGCGCCGUGAGCGAGGACAGCAUCCUCUCCACGGAGUCCUUCGACCAGCUCGACCUGCCCGCCCGUGUCCCCCACGGUGGCGGGGGCAUGCGGGGCUGUGUCUCUGCCGACAGCCUCCUCCGGCUGGGAGAGGAGGGGGGGCGCAGGCUGCGCCGCUGGACUGUGACCCAUUGCCGGAGCCCCCUGGGAGAGAGCAGCUUAUCCCUGGCGGGCUGUGACAAUGUCACCGAGGUGUACCGUCGUGCCGUGGCUGUCGGCGUGAAGUUGAGCUGA